CUCUCGUUGUUUUACUUACAAUUCCUCAAGAGCUUUAGUUGCCACUCUACGCCACCUCCCUCCUCCGCCGCCCACCACCGCCCACUCGCCGUUCUCAACAUUUCCGGUCAAAACAAAGAGUGUAAGGCCAUCGUUGGUGUUUGUGAGAUCAAUGGCUUCCGACGGCAAUCAAUUCCCUCCACAAAAGCAGGAUUCCCAACCUGGAAAAGAACAUGCCAUGGAUCCCACUCCUCAGUAUUCUUCUCAACAUUAUAAGCCCUCCAACAAGCUUCAAGGUAAGGUAGCUCUGGUGACGGGAGGGGAUUCGGGCAUUGGGCGAGCUGUUUGCCACUGCUUCGCGCUGGAGGGUGCAACGGUGGCGUUCACCUACGUGAAAUCCCAUGAGGACAAGGAUGCACGGGACACCCUUGAAAUCUUGAAAAAAGCCAAAGUGGAGGGUGCAAAAGAGCCGAUGGCGAUACCUGCGGACUUGGGGUUCGAAGAGAAUUGCAGGAAAGUUGUGGAAUCAGUGGUGAAUUCUUACGGGAGGAUUGAUAUUCUGGUGAACAACGCUGCAGAGCAGCAUAAGACUUGGUCCAUUGAUGACAUUGAUGAAGCUAGGCUUGAGAGGGUGUUCAGGACUAAUAUCUUCUCCCAAUUCUUCCUCGUCAAGUAUGCUUUGAAGCAUAUGAAGGAAGGGAGUUCAAUAAUCAACACAACCUCAGUGACUGCGUACAAAGGAAGUCCAAAGCUGCUUGAUUAUUCAGCCACCAAAGGUGCGAUUGUGGCGUUCACCCGAGGACUUGCUCUGCAGCUUGUGGACAGAGGGAUACGCGUUAACGGGGUGGCGCCCGGCCCCAUCUGGACGCCAUUGAUCCCCGCCUCCUUUAGCGAAGACGAGUGUGCCAAGUUUGGGAAAGAAGUGCCAAUGCAGAGGGCUGGUCAGACCAUUGAGGUGGCUCCGUCGUAUGUCUUCCUCGCAUCUUGCCCCGAAUCCUCCUACAUCACCGGCCAAAUCCUCCACCCCAAUGGUGGAACGAUUGUUAACGGUUAAGGAUGGCAUAUAUGCAUAUUGUGUUCUGGAAAGAGUUAUUUUAAUUAAUUAUGUUAGCUAGCAGCCUAGCCUAGUUUCUUGAUAAGUAUGUAUUAAUUACAAAAUGCUCUGCUUAGCUAGCUAGUUUGUUCUUUUAUGUCUC